AUUAUAAAUUUUCGUAAAUGUUAGGAAACUAAUCCGGAUGAAACCAGGAUGGAUUACGUUCAGGAGGCUGUGUUCCUAGGAGUGGAUGUCCUUAUACUAGGCCUUUGCUUAAAAGAGUACUAUCAGUUUAAGAAAAUCGGUGCAGCGCUUAAGGAGGCACCGCAGCUAGCUAUCGAUGAAUCACUUUCGGAAAGGCUGAAAAAGGGCGACAAUAAGAUAAAAUAUGGAGUUAUUAGGGGGACGGUCACCCCCAUUGGUACUCCGCUUAAGAGCGUGAUGUCCCCCUCAGUGACCGGCGUUUUGCAGAUCAUGAAGUUGAAUGAACAUAGGGUGGCUCGCGGAUUCGCUGGCUUUUGGGCGGAACAGAGAAAACUCAUUCACAUCUCGUGCAACGAAGUUCCGUUUAGAUUAACUAAUGGCAAACUAGGUGUUGAAAUUGUGGAUGGCCUUUCGGCUGAAAUUUUAGAUAUGGACACGGUGUACGAUAAUUACGAACCGUCGAGUUUAUCGCUAUUCGAUCACCUUUUUGGUUUCUUCUCUGGAGUUCGGCAGAAGGGGAUGCAAACGACCGAGGAAGUUCUUCGGGAUGGAAGUUUCAUUACGGCGGUUGGGGAAAUUGAAUUGGAUGGGAAUACAAUACGACUGCAACCGUCUUCGGUGGCACCGAUGUUCCUAACGACUGCCACGAGAAAUACUCUUCUUAAAAAAUUUGAGGAAGCAAAGUCUUCCAUGCUAUUCAAAGUGAUCAUUUGCGGUACGAUAUCAGCAGUGUUGGUAGGACUCAUCACGAGAAAGAUCUACAAACGUAAAAAAGAGGAAUGGGAAGAACGCCGGUUGAGAGAGAAAUUGGAUAAGUCACGAGUUCAGCGAAGAGCAUUGGCACGGCAGCAGGUAUUCAACGAUGAACAGCGCUGUGUAGUUUGCGUGGAUAAUCCCAAAGAGGUCAUCUGCUUGCCGUGCGGCCACGUAUGCCUCUGUGAAAAUUGUGCCGAGAAAAUCAAACUGAAUUGCCCCGUGUGUAGGGCGAAGAUCGAAUCCAAAGCAGCUGCAUUUAUCUCAUAAUAAAAAAGGAACUCUCGGCAAGGUAGGUUUUGCUGCACAAAACAUAAGUACGAAUUUUAUUCUCAAUGUGAUGUAUAUAAAAGGUUUUCUGUUACGCUUAAACAAAAAAUGCUAUCAAGUGG